AUGGCGCCAACCUGCGAAGGGAAAGAAAAUACCGAUUUUUCAUAGACCUUUUACGCUGAAAAUUCCUCCGAUCCGUUACAAAAAGAGAUAACUACAGUGGAACUACAAUGUUGGGCUUGACGUCCAUUCUGCAAGAGGAAGAGUCCUCUGACAAUGUAACGUUACUAACACAGAUCAAGCAGGAAGCACCUUAUGACAGUGGUUAUCUCUCACCCGGUCCCCUGGUACAGAGAUCAGUGAUCCCUUCUGGACAGAUGGCACUACUUUCCCAGACACAGACUAGUCCAGUCAAGCCGAUGAUUCGACAGCGUUCUGCUGAUCACUACAGUGUUGACAAUCUACAGAAACCCCCAGUGUACGAAGAUGUUGGAAUCUCUGAGGAGUGGGAAAAGGAUUUUUUUGCCAAUUUUGAAGAAAAUCUUUUCAGCUUAGAUCUUGAUGAACAAGUGUUAGAUGACAUUCUGAAAUCACCGAAAGGUAAAGUGGCUUUAAAUGAGAUUAUGAACUCACCCAAAGGGAAAGCCAUCAUGAACUCUCCAAAAGGGAAAAAACUGAAGGAAAGGAUGAGGUUAUUUGACACAGCUCCAGGUCAGGAAGAGUUUACAACAGUGGUGGAUCACAGACUUGGUAUUCUUAGUCCAGCUGAUACCAACAAGCCUGGAAUCACACCCAUGAAACCUGAUGCUCAGAGGGCACUCAAGAUGUCAAAGAGGAAAUUAAGUAUGGGUACGAUCAACCAGCCUCUUAGGCCAUCUUUUACCAACUCCUUACCAACUCUUGCACCUGCCACCAAUGAAAAUAGUCAACCAGUCACGUGGCCAUCACAGGAGCGACUGAAAUUUGCCCGCAGUAAUUUUAAAGACAUUUUGAAGAAGGCUGUAAUGAAAGUGGAAAGUGCUGAGGCAGCUUAUAAGACUCAGCUAAAGCUACAGCAGACAGCAGCAGCAACAAAGACAAAUCGACGUCAGAAAGGAAAGUCAGAUAAAUAUCCUCAGCUUUCAAAAGCAUUAUCACGUCCUUCCAUCCCAGAUUCCUCUGACGAUCAACAACCUAUGCGGAAGUCUGAAAGAAAGUCGCACGUGUCCUCAGGGAUGCUACUGUCAGGGUGUCAACUCCAGGAUGACUGGUACAAUCCAGAAGAGGACGAUGAUGAUGAGGACUGGCAAGGUGAUUUACCAUUCACUGGCUUCAAACAGGCCACAAAGAGGAGGAAAAAGAUUGUCAGCGGCCAGUCAAAACGACGGAAAAGUUCACACAACACUGCGCGAUAUGUCAAGUAUUAGACGUUAACAGAAGUGUCUUUAUUGUGAUACUUGUCUUUCUAAUUAUAUUAAAAAAGACAUUUUUUUUUUGUACCAAGAUGUACUUGUGAUAGGUGUUGAUUUUUAUGAUUAUCAAAGUCUUUGUAGAAAUGUGUGUGUAAGAAUCAUGCAACAAACAUGUUUGAAAAAUUAGCAUUUUGUAAUAAUUUCACAACAAUAAGGUGCUUUUUCUAUAGCUCAUGCAAAUGAAAGUAAUCAAGGAUUAACAAUGCUGUCAGACCUGACAAGUUCACAUAUGCAUGUAUUUUAUAAAUACCACUUGAGCAAAGUUGACAGCAAAGGUGUUUGAAUUUGGUCAGUUUUCAAAAUCAUUUUUGCUUGUAUGUAUUUGUGUAUAUAUAUGUGUAAGUAACGAUAAUGUGCAAUAUAAUGAUAAUUCUAUCAUGGUAAAUAUGAUUCAAGCGGUGAAAAGGUUAACCAUAUAAAAAAAAGUUUAAAGAAAGAAAAAAAUGGAAUUUCUCUGUCCAAUUAACUUGUACAUGUAUAUUCCAAUGAGUAUAGGCUAUAAGCUUGGAUACACUACUAUACAAUUGUAGUCUUGUGUACUGUUUGUGUAUUAUCAUUAUGUAGGGGUUCAUAUUGGGUAUGAUAAUAUCCAUAUAUAAUGUAUAUAAAUAUAUAUAUUAGGCUUUUGAUUUCAUCUAAGUAGCUUUUAAAAACAAAAUGAUCCAUUCAACAUAUUGAUUUUUUUUUAUUGUACAAACAACACAUCUAUAUCACUUCUUGAUUUUUUGCAGUUUUAUAUCAAUGGUGAGAUGUUAAUUAGUGCCUUUACAAUAGUAAAGAAAACAGAGAAAAAGAAAUAUGUUAGAGUAUUCCUACUUGACUAUUCCAGAAAUAUAUACAGUGAAGUGAGAGUGCACUUUUUGUAAUCACCGGCUCCAGUGUUUAUCUGAAAUCAAAACAAAAUAGCUUUAAGAUUUCAUGGCCAUGACACAUUACCUGUUGAAAUGGUAUCAUGUUAUUUUAUCAUGAGAAACGGAUGGUUUUAUGAAUUUAAUUGCAUGAAUAGGUUAAACAAUGAGUGUUUAGAUUUUUCUACCUGUUCCUUUUCUGGCAGUAGAGUUAUGGCCACGGAACCACAGUUUAUAAUCAUGCAACUAGAUUUAUUCAACAAAUUGUUUGGUAUAAAAAAGAAUUAUUUGUGUUUAACAGAUCUAGAACUAAUAUGAUUGAAGCUACAAAUUAUUUUAAGAUAAAAAAAUGGUUACAGUAUAUAUAUAUAUAUUUUAUAUAAAGACUUCAUUAGGAUUCUGAUACAAUAUGAUAAGUUUCAUAAGUACCAUGAUGAAUUUUAAGUUUUCUAUUCCAAGAGGUUGUGAAAUAUUGAAAAUCAUGAUAGGUAGAAAAGUUUGUAUAAACAUGAUUAACAUGUUUUACUAAAUUUUUAAUACCAGAACAAUUCAAUUAACAUUAAAUGAUAUUUUGUGCCUGCUAUGUAUUGUAUCUAUAUUGCGUGCUGACAACUUAGUGUAUGUCUUGUAGCUUUUUGUUAAAGAAUGUCAUUAGCAGUAAUUUGUAUGAAAACGGAUUUUUCGCAUAUGAGUUUGUACAAGAUUUUGAAAAGUUUAAAAUGGUUUUUAAAUUAAUUGAAGUUUUAUGUACCGGUAAAUCAUUACAAAAUGUGUUGUUAGUUUGAUUAUUUUUUCAUUGAGGUUUGUUCAUGUUUCAAACGUUUGAAUGGCAUCAUUAGUUGGAGCAUAAAGUAUUUAAAGAGAUACAAAGUGUGGAGUACAAAGUGUGGAGUACAAUCUAGUACCAUAUGCACUGCAUGUUACUUGAAAUGUGUUUUUAAUUUUCCAAUCUAAUUAAAAUUGUAUCUUCACAUUGCUCCCAUUUACUGAUAUGUUGCUUCCAUGCGACAUCGGUAAACAGGAACGAUGUGAAGAUAUAAUUUUAAUUAGAUUAGAAAAUAAAAGCACAUUUCAAGUAGGUUAAUUUUCCUUCAGAUGUGUUUCAUAAAAAGAAACACAUUGUACUAUGCAUUUUACCAAAUGGCAGUAUUUUGAUCCCAUACAUUUGAUAUCAGAAAAUACAUAUUCUUUUACAAUGAACUUUAUGGAGUAGACAUACAUGGUAUUUGUGUUAGUCAAGUACAGUGUAUUUGUAAAAUAUCACUUCACCAUUUAUUUACCCACAGUGUUUUCUUAGGGCUGUGUUAUAUGUUUAGCUUGUACCAAGGUCCUGUGUUUUAUAAUAUACUUCAUUUCAAAGAUUUUCUCGAUCAUCGAUUCAUAUUGAUAUAAGUUCCAAAAGCUUCUGGAUCACUGAUGAAAUGUAAUUUUUAUCUUUUGUAGAUUAAAAUAACAUUGCUCGGAAGGCAAACACAUGGAAAAUAUACCUAAUUUCAUUUGUUUACAUUAUCUGUUCGUUGUCUUAAUGAAUUUAAAAAUACUAGCUAUAUUUGGUUUGUUUCAAACAGUGCAAGGGGAGAUUACUGUAACACUGAUCCUGUAUUUACCUUUAUUAUCAGUUAUAUCCCCUUUUUAUGAGUAGCAAUGGUUGAAGAGCUUAUCUGUAAGACAAUGGUCACAGCACUAUAAGUAUGGACAGUAUUGUAAUAAUUUUCUUCUGUAUUCUUGCAUAUAGUCAGAAAUUAUUUUUGUAAGAAAAAUUUAAAAAAUGUAAUACUUAUGUGGUACAUAUAAUGUAUUUGGAAAUGUAGAUUAGAAUAUAUAGAUUAUAUGAUAAACUUUUGUAUCAUAGUCUGGUACUGGGUAGCCUUUCCCAGAGUACAAAGCUUUCAAUGGAAAUAUGUAGACAGUUGCUUUAAAAUUACUUAAAGAAGCAUUUGCAUGAACAAAUAGAUAAAUGAAUUGUUUGUCUGUUUAUCCUUUAGUGGAAUGAUAUGACAAACAAUUUAUUGUCUUGUAAAAAUGGUUUAAAUUGGGAACAUUCGAUUUGUCCACUUCCGUUAUAAGGUAUAUGAGAUAUCCCAGUACGUUGCUGCUGUGGUCAGACUACAUUUCUCACGCUAUGUUGUAUUAUUUAUUAUAUUGGCCUGUUGCAAUUCACUGUAUGAUGAAAUUAUAAAAUGAUAUAAUAAAA